UCGGUCCUCUUUUUCUUGGAAGCGCCCCGACCCAUCGUCACCAUGGCAGAUGAGUUUGACUUUCAAACCGGCGAGUCUGGCGCCUCCUCCACCUACCCCAUGCAGUGCUCCGCUCUGCGCAAGAACGGCUUCGUUGUGCUGAAGGGACGUCCCUGCAAAAUCGUGGAGAUGUCCACUUCCAAGACCGGCAAGCACGGACACGCCAAGGUUAACCUGGUUGGUAUCGACAUCUUCACCAACAAAAAGUAUGAAGAUAUGUGCCCCUCCACCCACAACAUGGAUGUGCCCGCCAUCAAGAGGUCAGAAUACCAGCUGGUUAAUAUCAAUGAUGGCUACAUGUGUCUGAUGGACGAGCACGGCGAAAUCAGGGAGGACCUGCCCGUCCCCAACAACGACAUCGGCAAGGACAUCGAGGCAAAGUUCGAGGCAUCUGAGGACUUCAUGGUCACCGUGCUGUCUGCCAUGGGGGAGGAAUGCGCCGUCGGCCUCAAGGCCAUGGCCAGCAAAUAGGGAGACAGACUUUGCUGCCCAGGCAACAAGCACCACCCACAACCGAUCUCUUGCAUUCUCAUUGGUUCUGUCACCAAAGCGUCGGCCUUCACAGACAACCUCAAUCAUUCUGUUGUGAUUUAUCUCCUCAUUGAUUUUUUUUUUUCCUCCUUCUCUUGUUUCUCUUUUCCAUUGCUUGUUGGGAAUGAGCCACGGCGGCGGCUCGCUGCCAACGUGGUUCCCUGCCUGAUCACUGAGGUUUUGUUUGGUUAAAACAGUCUACUUUAUAAAAAAAACAACAACAAUGACGUCAACAAUAUUGAUCAGUUGCUCAUUCCUGUUUAUUUUUGCCUUCGAAAUGUUGGUCUUGCCACUCACAUUCCUGAAUGUUUAAAUAACAACGGGAUCCAGCUUUUGUAUGAUUUAUUUUUUUAUAUUCUUUAGAUUGAAUAUAGCAGGUCUAAUGCCUUUUAGAGGGAAAGGGAGGGGGGGCUGGUAAUUAUUAUUUUUUUGAGUUUAAAGCGGCGGGAGGGAAUGCGGGCCCCUGUAUAGAUCCUGAACUCGGUUAGGUUGUCCCUCUAGCUGCCAUUCUGCUUUCCAGCAUGGCCUUUGCUCUGGUUCCUGUGUGGAUUUGGGCGCAACAAAAAGGUCGGUUUCUCCCAAAAAAAAAAAAAAAAAAACGCUGGGAUCGCCGGUGGCUAGCACUUAAGGAGCACUUGAGGUUCACCCCGGCAUUUCAAAAAGCUCU